GGACAUUCUCUUGCCCAUUACGCGCGAUACAGCGCAGGAGAAAGUAAGAAUUUCUCAGGGAAACAAAAUUUUCCCUCCUCAGCUUCUCAGGGAAACAAAAUUUUCCCUCUCUCACGAAGCUGAGGAAGGGAGGGGAGGAGUCCUUCCUCAGUUUUUCGUUGCCGCACCGUUCGUGACGGGGGUUGCUUUCCCUGCCUGAGUGCGCGCGUCCAACUUGGCUUCCGCGCCUGUAGGGUAGCGAGUGCGAGCUUGCCAGCUAUGGCGGUCACUCGCCGCCGGCCUUCGUCUUUCCGGCAAGCGAUAUUUCGAUUCGUGGUCCCCCUUGUUCUCCUUGGCUGUUUUAUUUACCCCUGGCUGCAUUACCCCUGGACGUGUCCUCCUCCACCUUCUGAUGGUAAUACCGCUCUCUCGCAAGUGAUUAACACGACCUCGAUCGAGAGACCUGCCGAAGUCGUUGGCGGCGGCUUAACGCAGGCGGACUUUCUUUACCUCCGUUACCCGCAGCUGAAAAAGCAGGACGAUGGCGCCGCCAGGCUGGCGACCUUCUCGAAAGAGCUGGAGUACUCUCAACUGCGUAGCAAGAACGAUUUCGUGGUUCACAUGUGGCGGCAGAAGACGCCGGACUUGACCCAGCCGAAGGUGUUGCUGGCCUCUGCCAGCGCUCCGACUUGCGAGAUGCUGCAUGGUCCGGUUAUGGCGCAGCAAGCUCUCAUCAACAAGCUCGCAUAUGCCGAGCUACACACGAACGUGGACGUGUUGUACACGCUCGAGAAUCCGGCCAAGGACGCGUACCAGUGGAACCGGCCUUUGCUCUGGCUUCGCCUUUUGAAGAAAUGGCGGUCGAGUUACGACUGGGUGUUUUGGGUUGAUGCGGACGCCAUCAUCCUGGACCUCGGUUUCACUAUCCCCUUCGCUAGCUACAAACCGUACGAUAUCGUCAUGUGGGGAAACACCGAGAGAGCGUACAGUGUGGGGGAUUUCAAGUCGAUCGCUCUCGGAUUGACCAUGUUCAAAACGAGCCAGUUUUCCAUCUCCUUCGUGGACGCGAUCCUGGACAUGCGCGAUAAAGGCCGGAGGUUGAAGGCCGGCGAUUUGUAUGAACAAAUCCAAACUGCUAUUACCGAGCCGCCGCAGUUUCUGAACGACCAGGCUGCUGCAGCUUAUCUCUUCCGCACCGUCGGCGCAGAGAGGUGGAGAGAGAGAGUUCACUUCGAGACCAGCUACUACUUGAAUGGCUACUGGAAGGACGUAGGUCAACGGCUGGACAAAAUUGCGUUCGAGCGGGAGAUACGGAGCAAGGACCCUCCGUUCAGCUGCCAUUUUGUGGGCUGUAGUCUGUGUACGGGAAGAGCAAUGUCGGAUUACAAGCAGUGCGUUGAUUAUUUCGAGAAGUCUUUUCAGUUUGCUAUGAAUGAAACGGCGAGGAAAGAGAUGGCGGCCGCUUUCCGCGAAGGUGGCGACGCCAUGUGAGUGUACGACCGUGAGGUUCGCCUUCUUUGUCGUAGCGACGGUUUCGGCGUUUUAGGUUACAGUCUUGGAGGGGUUUUGAGAGGGUGUUGGUGUUGUUGCGUGCGCUUUUGCACCCGUCAUAAUUGCUCUUCUUUUCCACUUCGCUGUUGCUGUACCCUCUUCUUCUCCCCCUUCUUCUCUCUCCUCUUUUCACGGUCUUUGAUCUGUGAUCGUGAUGUGGGCAUUGCAGAUGGAGAGGAUGCUGCACGGGAGGGCGCACUUUGAUUACGUGGGUACUUGUACAGCGGGUGGAGUUUGCGGGAGCGACGGACGAUGGAGGGGAUGGAUGGGGUUUGCGGGAGCGAUUUACGAUGGAGGGGAUCUGGACGUAGAGAGGGAAACGGAGAGGGUCAGGGAGAAUCAGGAGAAAGGCGGCGCCACGGAGUUGUUCUCCUGCAGUUGAGGACGUGUUGAUGCGGCCACGAUAUUGGGUUGUCUCGAGGAGAGAAGUACAUUCGACUGCAAAGCUUGUCCAGUCGAGGAGACGGCUGAGCUAAGCUUGGAUCAAUGAGCGAUCGUCGUCUUUGCUGUUGUGCGCAUUGCGGUUUGUAGCGAGAGCGUACACGGUUGUGCUUGCUGACUUCUGUCUGCUACAUGCCUCUAGUUGAGAGGGAAGCAGCAUAUUAGAGGCCGUAGGAAGAGAAAAUCGUUGACUUGUUUUAUUAAGCUUUUUCCACUCACAGACAGAGAGAGCGCGCAAGCGAGCGAGAGCGCGCGCAAGCCAGCGAGAAAGCGAGCGAGCGAGCGAGCGAGCGAGCGAGAGAGAGAGAGAGAGAGAGAGAGAGAGAGAGAGAGAGAGAGAGAGAGAGAGAGAGAGAGAGAGUUUGAACAUGAGGUUUGGUUUUGAGAGCGGCGCUAGUUGGCGGUACUCUUAUGUAAUAAGUGGCGAGAAUCGCGUGGGCUUUGGGGGCCUGUCUGGGUAAAGAUUCUGAGAAAGGUGCGACUGUUGCACUUUUUUCGCGGUAUUGUUUGGUUUGGCCGUUGGACAAUUCCAACGCUCACAAUUUUGCCCGAGUUCGAAAAUGCUAUUUCGUCGUAGCUUUUUCUGUGCAGCAGCUUUGCGGAUGGAUCAGGUGGAGUAUGGGAGGAAGAAGGGGAAUUCUGAUUUGUUAAGCGUUGAGUGCAUGUUGUGGUUUAGAUAAGCUCUCAUCGGAAUGAGAAAUGGCUCGGGCAACCAACCAUAUCGCCAGACUUUUGCACCUGUACAAUUUUAGUGAAAUUGAGGCAAGUCUAAAAAUGCCUUUUGGUCGUGAAGUCCGAACACUAAAGCAAGAUCUCUUGUUGCGUCCUCACAGCCAGAAAUCGGUCUACCUUUCUUUGUUAUCUCACAGCUUUCUUCGAUCUGUUGAGAUUGUUCUCCUAGGUCAUUCUGUACUUGGCUGCAUAGCUGCCUACCUUUAUUUUUUUUGAUGUCUCUUGUCUCGGAGAUGUAUACGUUCUGGAAUGGGUUCAUUGCAUUGUUUUGUCUUGUUUAGACGCGAAAGCUUUAUGUAGUCCGCGUGUAUUAUUCUUACAAGAGUGAUCUUCUUCUUUGCUAAUUGCUGAAGUCGAAACGGAGGGAUUGUUGCCGAAACCCGGGGGCUAGCUAUGAGACAAGAGCAGAUGCAGCUGGGUUACGAGGGUGAGGAGGGGCGCACGCAUGCACUUUGGCACAUUCGCUCGAGGGAGAGAGAGAGAGAGAGAGAGAGAGAGAGAGAGAGAGAGAGAGAGAGAGAGAGAGAGAGAGAGAGAGAGAGAGAGAGAAACCUGUGGGGUCGAGCUGCCGGAGAGGUGCUGGGUAUUGGAUGAAUGUGUGUGUGUGUGUGUGUGAGAGAGAGAGAGAGAGAGAGAGAGAGAGAGAGAGAGAGAGAGAGAGAGAGAGAGGAAUUGAACGCAACCCGUAUCGGGUUGAGCUGGUGAGAGGUUACGGUUUAUUGGUUGUCUUGAUUUCGAUCAGAGGAGAUGAUCCACAAAAGUAGGGUUCAUGGUCCUGCAGCCCUGGUUCUCCGGCGGCAUCAUCUUUUCCUGUCGAGGUACAGCGUGCUCUGCAUUUUCUGAGCACACUUCAGAGCUCUUUGCGCUGUGUGGUGCGCAAUUGUUUUGGGUUUUCUCGGCACGUUACAAAAUAAAGGAUCUCUCUCUCUCUCUUUUUCUCACUGUACUUUCUCGUUUUAACCAUCUGAAUUCUAGCCUCCUGUUGUGUUAUGUUUCGUCUGAUUUCUCUAUUCAUAGCGUUUUUACAGAUUCAGAUAAUAAAUUACCAUCGUUUUA